AUGGUUCAUUCAAUCGUUUUCGCUACGCUCUUCUUCUGUACCUCCCUUGCCACUGCGCAAUGUGGCUCUGGAACACCCGAUGCGAAGGUCACAGGCUCAACUGGAGCAUAUGUGGCCAGCAUCGGCACCAAGUCCGCAUACUCCGGGGCCAGCUAUCUCUCCGCAAUUCAGGCUGCCAUUGAUGGUACAUCCAGCGGAGCUCGCAUUGCUGUCAUCGCAUCGGGUUCCAUUGGCAGCAACUCCAUCAUUAUCGAUGCCGGAAAGACGUUCGAAGGCUGCGGAACGAUCGAUGCCAGCUUCAAGAACUUCAAAGGCGCUAUCGAGAUCAUCGACGUUGACGAUGUCCACAUACCAUACUUGACGUUGACCGGGAACCCGUACUACGGCAUUCGAAUUUCCGGCACAAAUGGCCUCCAGCUCGGCCAAAUCACCAUGGUCAUGUCCGCCACUCCAUCAGGUGGUGGCAUUGGGGUUCGAUUCGAGAUGGCAGGCGCCGCCAACAAGAAUGUCAAAAUUGACACCGUCAGCGUGACCGGCGCCAGCGAGCAUGCAGUAGAGACUUGGAACAUCGACAAGCUCACCAUCAACAGCGUGAUUGCGAAGAACUGUGGAGAAUGUGGUCUAUUGCUGCAAAAGACCACCAACGCUCACGUCGGAUCUGUCACCGGUACGAACGUCGGAGCAGGAACAGGCUACGCAACUUUGCGGUUCGCCAACCAGAACGGCCGACUGCCCGAUGGUAGCUACACGACGAACGUCUUCGUCGACAAGGUCUACUCACGUGGGGGUGGGAGAGGCGUGUUCUGCGUCUCGGAAUCCGGAGGUGCUGAGAUCGGCAAAAUUGAUCUUGCAAACAACAAUGGGCCGGAGUCCAUCCUGAUCGAAAACUGCUACGGCCUCAACAUCAAGAGUGGAACAGUUGUGGGCGGAGGAGACGUGCGAAUCUCAGCACGAGACGAGUUUGCGAACACGAAGGAUAUUACCCUGAGUCUGGAGGUCGAUGGAACCGACGUUGUCGAGUCGCCUUGCGCCAUCAACAGCCAUCUCACCAUCACCGGUACUGCAAAGGUGGACAUAUGCUCAAAGUAG